AUGCUUCCAUCAGUAGAAUCUCUCAAAAGUCUCAUCGUGUGUAUCAGCUUACGGAUGCUAACUGAUGUCGUCGAUAUAAUUAUAAAUUUUGAAGUUAAGGGGCGGACUUGCGGAGAAAGGGACGACAUUCGCGUGCAGCUGGCGGAGCAGACGCGCGUGCUGGAGGCCCGCGCGGAGGCGGCGGCGGGUGUGGCGGGCGAGCUCAGCGACUACUGCCGGCGCCGCGCCGACCUCGAGCACGACUACUCGCGCGCGCUCGACAAGCUGGCGCGCGCCGCCACGCAGCGGCACAAGGACCACAAGAACAAGCGCGAGCAGUGGGCGCUGACGGGCGCGUUCGCGUGCUGGCAGACGGCGCUCGAGCAGACGCGGGUGCUGGCGCGCGAGCACGCGGCGCUCGGCGAGCUGUACGGCGGGCCGCUGGCGGCGCGGCUGCAGCGCGCGGCCGACGACGUGGCGCGGCUGCAGCGGCGCGGCCGUGAGCUGCUGGCCGAGCGCCAGGAGGAGCUGGGCGGCGCGCUGGCCGAGGCGGCGGCGGCCGGCAAGGCGCACGCGGCCGCGGCCGCCGCCUGGCGCGCGCAGGCGCUCAAGCUGCGCGCCGCCCACCUGCAGCGCCACGCCGAGCCCGUGCCGCCCGACGCGCCGCGCUCGCGCAAGCUCAAGGCGCUCGACAAGGACCUGCAGAAGCGACGUGCGCGGCACGCGGAGGCCCGCGCGGCGGCGCUGCGCGCGCGUGCCGACUACGUGCUGAGCCUGGAGGCCGCCAACGCCACGCUGCAGCGCUACUACCUCGACGACGUCGCAGACAUCAUGCUCUGCACGGAGGUGGGAUUCGAGGCGGUGGUCGGGCGCGCAGUGCGCACGGCUGGCGGUGCGGAAGGCGCAGGUGGGCGUGCGCGCGGCGCGGCGGCGAGCGCGCUGCUGGCGGCGGCGGGCGCGCUAGACGCGCUAGCGGACCGCCGCCGCCUGCUGCACGCGCACGCCGCCGCAUUCACGCCGCCGCCGCCGCUGCCGCCGCGCCCACCGCUGCCAGAAGACCUCGACCGCGACAUACACGACCUGCUUGCGGACACUGCCAACGAGGACGUCGACGAGCCGCCGCAAGAGGUGGUGGGCGAGCUGCGGGCGCGACUGGCGCAGCUGGAGGCGGCUGCGCGCGCGCUGCGCGUGGAGUGCCGUGAGCACGCCAAGACACUGGACGCGGCCGAGGCUGAGCUCGUGCGCCAGAUGGAGGGCAGCGCACAGCACUGGGCGCCCGCGCCCGCGCAAGCGCCGCCCGACGAUGACGAGGCGCCGCGCCGCGCGCAGGAGGACUACUACCUGGCGAAGUUCCGGUCGUACGUGUGCAGCGCGGGGCGGCUGGCGCGACUGGAGAGCAAGGCGGCGGCGGUGCGCGAGCGCCUGCUGCCGGCGCCCCCGCCGCCGCCCGGCCCCGGGGGUUGCGCGCCGGCCCCCGCGCCGCCCCCCGCCAGCCCACCGCGCCGCGCGCGCGCCCCCCGCGGCUUGUUCGCCGCGCCGCUCGACGACCGCCUGCCCACCGUGCUGACCUCUUGCGUGCGCGUCAUCGCCACAUACGGACUGAAGCAGCAAGGCAUCUUCCGCGUGUCGGGGUCGCAGGUGGAGAUGCAGGCGCUGCGCGCGGCGUUCGAGCGCGGCGCCGACCCGCUGGAGGGCGCGCGCGACGCGUCUGACAUGAACUCGGUGUGCGGCCUGCUCAAGCUGUACCUGCGCGAGCUGCGCCCGCCUCCGCUGCCCGCCGCGCUGCACCCGCGCCUGUUGCGCCUGGCCGCGCUGCCCGACCAGCCGACCUUCGUGCGCCGCCUGCGCGCCGCGCUCGCCGCGCUGCCGCUGCCUGCGCUGCUGCUGCUGCGCUACCUGUUCGCCUUCCUCGCGCAUCUGACCGAGUACAGCGAGUACAACAUGAUGGACGCGUGGAACCUGGCCAUCUGCCUCGGGCCCACUCUGAUCGCCGCCUGGGGCGAGGGUGGUGCACAGGUGACCGCGCAGAACCUGGUGAACGAGCUGGUGAAGCGUAUCAUCGUGCAUCAUCUGGAGCUGUUCCCGCAGGACAUCGCGCCACAUACGCUGUACCGCCGCCCCGGGUAG